AUGGCUGAAGAUUGGAAGAUUGAUGCUGGCCUGACCGUCUACUAUCACGCCGAGUGUGAGCAGGACUGCUUAAAGCGCUGCGGGGAUCUCAGCGAGCCAGUGUGCGGCACCAACGAGAUCACGUACCAGAACGAGUGCUACCUCGACUGCGCAACGCGUGCGCUCUGCGGCAAGUCCGAACCCGUUUACCAGGCGAUCUGGGCAAAGAACACAGACUUCGAUGAAGUGCUCAUAUCGCCCGUGAUGGUGCAAGACCACAUGCCAGACCAAGUACUAAAUGCCCUAGAAAAGGUUCUGUCCCAUGCUGGACCUGGGAAGCCUCCACACAGGCUGUCAGAGGCUGAGCAACUGUGCCUACUUAACACUGCUGAGAGUCCGUCUUCUUCACUACAGGACAUGAGUCCAAACAGGUACAGUGAAACAUGUUUCACCAAGGAAAAUGGGAUGGCAAACACUGGUAACACAGAACAAACUCAAAGGGCUGGAUCGCCGUCCCGUCCUGAGGGUAUAGAUCUGACACCAGAGGGCUGGGAGUGUAGUGCUCCACUGGCGAGCCCUGAGCAGCUAUCUGACACAUCUAGUAUAAAUUCUGACACUGAUAGCCGGAGAUACAACAGGGAGUAUGGACAUCCGUCAGACACAUGUAGCAAGCUGUCUCCGAUCGCGCAGUCUCCGGCGCGAAGGUCGCCCCAAGGUUACUGCUUUUACGAGCAGUACCAGCUUGCGGGGCAUGUCGAUGAGUUCCCUAAUCACUAUUUGCCUCAGUUUAAGUCGGAGCAGGAGCGCCCCCUGGCGUCGUCGACGCCGAUCCGCAGCACGAUCACGACAAAGGCGACCGUCGAAUCGCAGCCGAAAAAACCGCCGCGACUGAAGGCGGCGCCACGGGCGAAAACGUCGGCGGCGCCCCCUGUCCCCGCCACGCGCCCGCCGCCGCCCGCGGAAACCACCAAGGUGACCUUUAGGACAAACUCGAGCGAGAGUCUGAGCGACACCGCGAACGACACAUCCGGCGACCCGCUGAUCACGCGGCGCGCCGACGGCAGCGUCUGCAUCCGCAUCGAGGACGGGUUGCCCGCGGCAACGGCGCCCGCGGCGUCAUCGCCGCGGCAGCAGCAGACGCCGGACCUCUCGCUGCAGCUGCGCUGUCGCUCGGAGGACGUACUCACGGGCGGCGGCGGCGGCGACGCAAAGUACUACUCGCCGACCUACCCGACGUACAGCAACCAGACGGAGUACGGCGAGCAUAACUAUCACUAUCACCGCGGCCACGGCUACCACCACGGCCACUCGCCGUACGCGUCGCCGCUCGACCACUCCGAGUCCGACACCUUCCUCUCCAAGCUGACGGCGGCCAGAGGCGGUGGCGCCACCUGCAUGCAGCGCAGUCGCGAGGCGGAGACGAUAACGGAGCUCGGCGAUGACGCGUCGCCGUACGACAGUGGGGGCGCCACCGUGUCCGAGGACGACUUGCAGCUGAAGCACUUCUCAGCGUGCACGAAGGAAGACUGCGAGCAGAGGUGUGCGGAUGAUGGCGGGUCAACGCCACUCUGCGGCAGCGAUGGCAAAGUCUACAAGAAUCGCUGUUACUUCCGAUGUGCGCAGGAUAGCGACAAAUCCUUGACGCGUGAGCUGCGCUGCACAUCGGCACGUCGGUCUAACCCUGCACUGCCGCCGUGCGCGUGCCCCAACGAUAAUCGCCCCGUGUGUGGCACUGACGGACGCACGUACGACAACGAAUGCCUGAUCAACUGCGCGCAGAGACAAGAUGGUACACUGCAUGUUGCUUACGCCGGUGUGUGUAAAGAACCUUGCGAGUGCUCGCGUGACUACAACCCCGUGUGCGGAGCGAACGGCAAGACCUACACAAACGACUGCACGUUCAGAUGCGCCCGCGACGAAGACAACGAACUGCAAAUGAAUCACAUUGGAAGAUGUAGCUCAUUCUUCCUCUGCCUGUGCUUUUCUCGAGCGAAUUCUGUAUGUGGCAGUGAUGGUGUAACCUACGUUAACACGUGCAAGUUGAACUGCGCUGCCCAAACCAAUCCCGAUAAGAACGGGCUGACUAUGGUACAUACUGGCGAAUGCCCGGGAUCGUGCGUGUGCGGAACACAGCAGACAGAUCGGAUUUGUGGAAACGAUGGGACAACCUACAGAAAUCGCUGCGAACUAGAAUGUGCUGCUGGCAAUAAUCCAGGGUUACGGGUCAUGCAGACAGGCGUCUGUCCGUGCGAUUGCGACAAUGAGAGCAGCCCAGUCUGUGGGCGGGACGGAAUAACGUAUAACAACCAGUGUGAAUUCGAAUGUGCAAAGCGACUCAAUACACGCUUGCGACUGCUUAGGAAUGGACCGUGCCCCUGCAUAUGCGCUGGAGACCAGAACCCGGUGUGUGGAUCCGACAACGUCAGCUACAAUAAUCUUUGCGAGUUAGAGUGCAAGAUAAAUGACGGAUCAGUCGCAGGCUUGCAGAUGCUUUACGAAGGCCCCUGCCACCAAGACGUUUGCGAUUGCUCAAAUCGCGCACGCCAUCUUGUGUGUGGUAACGACAGACAAACUUACGUCAACCAAUGCGAGCUGAGCUGUGCGGCUCUCCUAAUGCCAGGACUUAGACGGGCGUCAGUCGGCCCGUGCAUAGAAGACACGGUGGACAGCCGCUGCAACGUGGAUUGUAGCGAGGCGUUCGUCCCAGUCUGCGGUAGUGACGGCAAGACCUACAAUAGCCGCUGUCAUUUAGCGUGCAAGGCGGAGCACUCUCCUGCAGAUGCUGGCCUGGACCGUCUACUAUCACGCCGAGUGUGAGCAGGACUGCUUAGAAGCGCUGCGGGGAUCUCAGCGAGCCAAG